CCUCUCACUGCGCUCCCGUGCCGGCCCGUCCUCCACCUCUGCCCGGCCACACACCCAGACAGACCCCGCCGACUCCCGGGGACACACAAGUGGAGAAAAAACAGCUGGGACACGACGAAAGAGAGAGAGAGAAAAUAGGCUGUUGGGAGGAAAAAUAGCGGGUCGCAUUGCAGCAUCUCCAACACUCUCCCAUCUGUAGACACUUUUUUUGUUUUCACCCCUCAGCAGUGGUUUCCUACAGAGGAAAAACAAACUUUUGUAAGCCAUGGAGAGAUGUAAAAAUCUGUCCGGAUACUAAACUUGGUGACAAACUGCGCCUUUCUGAGCUCCAGCAGCGGGCUGGAUACUCAACAGGACCGUUAGGUUUUUAGCUAGCUAGCUAGGUGGGACCCGGACGACUUUGUGGAAAAAUACAAAAACAUUUCUCCCUUGCCUGCAGGCCAGUUUUUGCGCUCCAUUACGGGGGAAAACACCAAAGAUGCUGUCCGGGCUGAGCGAGUGGUUCUGGCAGGAGCGGCUGUGGUUUCCAGAGGGCCUGGGCUGGGCUGACCUGGAGGAUCGGGAUGGACGAGUAUACGCCAAAGCCCAAGACUUGUGGGUGGCGCUGCCCAUCGCCCUUUUAUUCCUUAUUAUCCGUCAGAUCUUUGAAAGGACGGUGGCUAUACCCUUGGCUUCUUUGCUCGGGGUGAAAGAGACAGUGCGGCUCAAAGUCCCUCACAACACCACACUGGAGUCCUACUACUGUAGCAUGACCAAAAACCCCACACAGACUUCAAUAGCAAGCCUUUGCAAGCAGACUGGCUUUUCAGAAAGACAAGUGCAGCGAUGGUUCAGGAGACGAAGGAACCAGGACAGGCCGAGUUUGCUCAAAAAGUUUCGAGAAGCCAGUUGGAGAUUUACCUUUUACCUUCUUGCUUUCAUUGCUGGCCUGGCCGCCCUCAUCGAUAAACCUUGGCUGUAUGACCUGAAGGAGAUGUGGCAAGGCUUCCCUGUGCUGACUCUCCUGCCAUCUCAGUAUUGGUAUUACAUGAUAGAACUGGGUUUCUACGGCUCUCUGCUCUUCAGUGUGGCUUCUGACGUCAAACGCAAAGACUUUAAGGAGCAGAUUGUUCACCAUGUAGCGACCAUCCUCCUCAUCAGCUUCUCCUGGUGUGUCAACUACAUCCGUGCUGGAACCCUCAUCAUGCUGGUCCACGACUCCUCCGAUUACCUUCUUGAGUCUGCAAAAAUGUUCAACUAUGCUGGGUGGCGAAACGCCUGUAACUACAUCUUCAUUGUAUUUGCUGGAAUCUUCAUCAUCACUCGGCUGGUCAUCUUCCCCUUCUGGAUUAUUUACUGUACGUGGGUUUACCCAGUGACCAUCUAUGAACCUUUCUUUGGUUAUUACUUUUUCAACGGGCUUUUGAUGACGCUGCAGUGUCUACACAUCUUCUGGGCUGUCCUCAUCAUACGCAUAGCAGUGCGCUUCCUCACCAAUAAUGAAAAAGUUGACGAUGAAAGAAGUGACAAAGAUGAAACAGAUGAGUCAGAAGAGGAGGAGGAAGAGGGGGCUAAAAAGGCCAUGAAGAAAAAUGGACCAGUGCAGAAUGGUCACACAGUCCACAACAACAACCACAGCAAGAGAGAGUGAAAGCAAACAAGUGUCGGGACGAAAGAAUGUGAGAAGGACUCAUAUCCCUCAGUAGGGGAGCAGGAGGGAGGGAUGAAAAGAGAGAAAAAGAAGAAGGGAUUGUGGGUGAGGGAGGGGACAAGUCAUUCCCUUAAAACCAAGAACAGCAGGUAUCCUGAGGAAAUUUAACACUUUUACUUUUGCACACCACAAAAACACACUCACACACGUUCAUUCGUACUUUUAGAGGGCACAGAGAUCCAGCAGAUGAUAUACACUUCGUUAAAUGGCAUGGCUUUUUUGCUCUGUCGUUAGAGAAAAAUGUAUCAUUGUCAGUGUGUGAUGUCAGUCCCAAAAUUUCAAAGAGACAGGAGAGAAAAUGGACAGAGGAGGGGGUGGUGCUGCUUCUACUUCAGCUUUCCUUGUUCUGUGUGCCUUAGUGCCAGCUAAUGGCUGAUUAAAUGCCAUUUCUAAAAAGCUUUCUGCUUUAAUCUUCUGUUGCUUUAUGUCGUCGCACCUUUUUUUUGGGGAACAAAAGAGAGUGAAAGUGGUUGUCAAGAAAAUGAGACAAUGGGGCAUUUAAUUCCCUAAUUUUCUGUCUAUGCAAUUACGUAAGUGUUCAGCUAUUGCAACGUCUUUGCACAAACACACCGUGUCUCUUAAAUACUGUAAUAACUCGCAGGAGGACUAUGUGCCUCUGCUCUCCAAUGCGGCCUGUGCCAUUUAAAAAUUAGUUUGCCUUGUAAGGUUUAAGGAGCAAAUUUGGUGCCAGUUUUUUAGAUAAACAUCAAGAAAAUCUUACUCUCUUUUUUAAAUGUCUGCUAUAUUCUUAAUCCAACGUAGCUUAUAUGUACAAUUCCUUCUUCCAAAAGUGAUGUCUGACCCGGGAGGGUUGUCAUCCUCAGUUCUUCGCUGCUCGAGCAGUCAGAAAUUUAUGGAAGCCCAUUUUAGCCAGUAAAAGAGAAAAAUAAGAUGAAAAUGUUGCUUUUUGGUGAGAAAAAAAAGCUCCUGUAAAGGUUUAUUUACACCAAGGACGGAGUUUGAUUUUAUGUGGGAAGAUUACAUACAAAGUCAGUGCAAAGGUGUUAAUGUUGUGUCACAAAUAUGUGAUGAUCGCGCAAGUUGAAAAUUUUCAACUCAGCUGGGAAAUUUGCUGUGUCGCGGAAGUCUAUCAUGAUGAGGUUCUCCUUUAUGGCACAACCCUGAUCGAUCUGAACGCAAUUCAGAAAAAAAAUUGCUUGUGUCUUGCAUCAUGAUGUUAUUAUUUCGGCAUACUUAUUAUCUGUUUAUAGUAGCGCCAUCAAUCAAUUGAAUCAUUUAAAUCGCAAUUGUCCAUAGUUAAUUGCAAAGUAAUAUUGUUUAGCUGUUCAAAAUGUACCUGUAAGUGAGUUUAUUAAAGAAUUGAAUACGCUUAUCAACAUUGGGAUGGACAAAAAUGCUUAUUUUAUGCAAAUGUAUGUAGAUUUGUUAUUGACAAUCAAUCAACAACACAGUAGUUAGAGGGCUGGAGUUACAUCCAGGAACUACUUUUCCACUGCUGGUUAAAAUAAUGCACUGUCACUCUAAGGGAACCUGUGAUUGCUGAGUGAAGUUUAACAGAACUGGUGAGUGGAACCAUCAAAAUCUGUCACAAUCGUGUGGAAAGGCAAAAAUUCACUUUGAACAGACAACUUCAAAUAAUGACUUCUCAAACUUUCUCGAAAUGAAGAUUUUCUUAUCUUGAAAUAAUGGCUUUGUAUCGUAAAAUAAUGAGAAACUCUUAAAAGAUACUGACUCAUUCUUUUUUUUUGUCAAGCUUAGAUAAGCAAGUCAUUAUUACUGGGAAGUUCAUCAAUAAUGACUCACAGGAUCUUUUGUUUCUUCAUCACAUUGGCGGAAAUGGGCUUCCAUAGAAACACCCAGACACGACACUGCAAUAUGAUUCUUAACUUCCUGCUAGUUUUGACAAAGCUGAAUGUUUUUCCUCUCUGGUUUGGCUGAAGCUGUUUCAUCCAGUUGAGUCUUGAAUCUGCCACCCGCUAAAAAAACGAUGACUCAGUAAAAUCACUGCGAUGGUCGGUUGCUUUGUUGAAAUACAGAAGUUUUACUAAGUGGAAUGGAAUGGGACAGAUAAACCACUUCCAGAUUUUAUAAAUGUGGGCCAGAUUUCUUCAGUUCACUGCCUUGUAGCCUGGGUUAUGUUUGUUAACCUGGGUUAGAAUUUUAAGUGUUGAUCCAAGUGAAUGAUUUUACGGUAUGAUUGUGUGUAUGAAACGGGUUUUAUAGGUAUUUGAUGUUAAGGAGCUAAAGUUUUAGUGUUUGAGAUUGGUGAGAAAUUCGAGAAAUGAGUGUUGCAGUUUUGUUGUUUUGCUUUAAAAUUGUUUGUACGUCAAGUGCCUUAUCUGUAAUAAUGUAUGGGAAGCUCUCUCUCCUGUCUUCAUGUCUGCUCGUUUUCUUUCCUGUCUCCACCUCUCAUCACAGAUCCAACUCUAAGACUAGUAUAUCCUCCCUCCUCCCUUCACUGUCUCAUCCAUUGCUCACUCCUCUUCUUUAUAAAAAUACCUUCCUUUCAGUCUCACCCUCAUUCCACCACCACCACCACGUCCUUUUUUACUAACCCAGACCAACCAGCAACCUCUCUUCCCUGGUGAUACAGAAGAAACAGCUGUGUCCUAAUUACAGUGUUAUUUUU